AUGGUCCAGGUGGGCGGUAUGCUUAAUGCCCGCCUGGCCUCCCUGGAAGACCGGUUGCUACCAGAGAAGAACCUAAGACCACCAUUAGCGUCAGACAAAAAGACAGAAACCGGCACAUACGCGACCGCGACGGCGAAGCCUACACCUGCGCCCUCUUCGGCGGCCGCCAAGCAGGUACCAACGUCCACGCCUGCACCGCCGCCGCAGAGAUUGAGGGUGCCUCGAAGCUCCGCUGUUGUAGUGACACUCACUGAAGCGGCAAUAAACAAGGGGCUGACAUAUAGCGGUGUCCUCAAAGAAGCGAAGUCGAAGCUGGACUUAAAAGAGGUGAUAGGCAUCGAAGCGGUGCAAUUCCGUCGGGCGGUUACCGGGGCUACCAUCAUUCGUAUCCCCGGCGCCACUAGCGCCGCUAAGGCUGAUGUACUGGCGCAGAAACUCCAAGAGUUAUACUGCGACAACGGCGUCAAGGUCUCCAGACCUGAGAAACUGGUCGAUGUCAAGAUUGAGGGGCUAGAUGACUCAACAACACCUGAGGAAGUAAAAGAGGCCAUCCUCAAAAAAGGGGCGGGGACAUGCACCGGCGACCAGGUCCGAACCGGGCAACUCCGCCAAAGCAGAUCGGGCCUAUACAACAUCUGGGCCCAGGUCCCUGUUGCGGCAGCAAGGAAGCUGACGACGGGCCGUUUCCUGGUGGGCUGGGUGGCUGCCAGAGUCACCAUUGGCAGGCCCAGGGAGCUGCGCUGUUACCGCUGCCUGCAACAGGGGCAUGUGGCGAGUCGCUGCGACGCGGAGGACCGCAGUCGCCUUUGCUACAAAUGUGGUCAGGAGGGCCACAAGGCCGCGUCCUGCCCGUCGCAACCGAACUGCAUCCUGUGUACGGCGGCGGGCAAGGAUGCAAAGCACCGAUUGGGUAGUUACAAAUGUUCGGCACCCAAAAAGAUGGUCCAAAGAAGAGCGCUAGCCGAAGUAGCACGCAAUGCGCCCCCACCGAACGGGGAGGAUAUGGAGGCAAAUCUCAACCACUGUGCCAGAGCCCAAGAUUUGUUUAUUCAAAGCUUGGCGCAGUGGUCGAUUGAUCUCGCUGUCGCAUCGGAGCCAUACCUGGUUCCAGAUAGAAACAAUUGGGUGGGGGACCUCGAAGAUCUAGUCGCGAUAUACGCAGGCGGCAACCCCCCAAUUGUUUCCACCAGGAGAGGAAGAGGUUGUGUAGGCGUGAAAGUGGCCGGCAUAGUCAUCGUCGGAGUUUAUUUCUCUCCCAACCGAUCGUUGCCUGAAUUUGAGGCAUAUCUAGAUGAGGUCAGCUCUUUGGUGAGAUGGGGAAGACCGCUCGAGGUUGUCGUGGCGGGGGAUUUAAAUGCCAAAUCCAGGGCCUGGGGAUCCUCCGUCUCCGACAGCCGCGGCGAGGCACUUAUAUCGUGGAUGGCGCAGCACAAUCUCGCGCCACUCAACACGGGCUCCACACACACCUGUGUGCGCAUGCAGGGCGGGUCAGUCGUAGAUAUCACCCUUGCGAGUCCCGCCCUGGCAUGUCGCGUGCAGGACUGGGAAGUGCUGACCGAGGUGGAGACUUUGUCGGACCACCGCUACAUUCGGUUCGACAUUCUCCCCUCGCCAGCACCCCCGACCAGUCGGAACAUCGCCAUUCCCCCAGAGAUCGGGCAGAUGUGGUCCUUGAGAUCUCUGGACCGAGAGACAGCAGAACUCGCCGCCAUAGUGGGGACGUGGUCCCACCGAAUGGAGGACAAAUGUGUCGACGUCGGCGUGCAAUGGGUUGACGGAGUACUGGCGCACGUCUCGGACUGCGCCAUGGUCAAAGUUAGGCCGUCACCGCGGCGAUCGAACCGAGUGUACUGGUGGUCGGGCAAUCUUUCGCAGUUGCGUUCUGCCUGCGUGCUUGCCCGCCGCCGGUACACUCGAUACCGAAGAAGGCGCCCUGGAUGGGACGAGUCUGAGGAGCGGUGUCUCUACACUGCAUACCAAGAGGCAAAGAAGACUCUGCGGUGUGAGAUAACCGCCGCCAAAGACCUGGCCUGGGAGGAGUUUUUGUCUACUCUAGAGGUGGACCCAUGGGGCCGGCCGUACAAGCUUGUCAUGAGCAAGCUGCGCCCCUGGGCUCCACCCCUUACCUCUACCCUAGAGCCGACACUCCUAACAUCUGUAGUGUCGACACUUUUCCCUCCCAGUGCCCACAAUACCGGACUUGACUUCCCCGACUCGAUACCUCCCGGUUCUGUCCCGGGGGUAUCUGAGUCGGAAAUAUUCUCGGCGAGGACAAAAGUGCAGAGCAAGCGCACCGCCCCAGGACCCGAUGGGAUCCACGGGAGGGUGCUCGCUCUGGCACUUCAACACGGAUUAGACGAACAGUUCAGGACGCUACUUACCAAGUGCCUGGAAGAGGGAAAUUUCCCUCAAAAGUGGAAAACGGGAAGACUGGUCCUGUUGAGGAAACCAGGAAAACCAGAGCACUCACCAUCAGCCUAUCGCCCGAUAGUGCUGCUCGACGAGGCCGGCAAGUUGCUGGAGAGGGUAAUUGCCGGUCGCGUCAGCGAACAUCUUUCCUCGGCAGGGCCGGACUUGGCCGACACACAGUACGGAUUCAGGCGGCACCCAGAGAGGCUGAUGCAAGUUUUCAGCGGAGACUUGGUCCGCAUCUCCAGGCCGACGAAAACGACGGAGAUUAAAAUUUCUGGAUUGGACGACUCAUCAACCAUCGAUGAAGUACUGGCUGCGGUCGCUGAAGCAGGAGGCUGCUCAAAAGACAGCCUCAAGAGCAGUGGUGUUGUUAGGGACAGAUUUGGUGUUGGACAUGCAUGGGUAGAAUGCACAGUACCAGUUGCAAGACGAGUGGCUGCAGCGCAACGGCUGACAAUAUCGUGGGUGUCGACCAGCGUCAUGCUGAUGGAGCCCCGACCAUUGCGCUGCUAUCGAUGCCUCCAAAAGGGGCACGUUAGAGCGCAAUGCAACGCUGAGGUGGACAGGAGCAAAUUGUGCUUCCGCUGUGGGGUAGAGGGCCACAAGUUCAAAGGCUGCUCGGCCAAACCGCAUUGCACCAUCUGCGCGGCGGCCCAAAAACCGGCGGAUCACAAGCUGGGUGGUAGAGGAUGUUUAGCUCCAGCCCCCAAGAUCGCCAGAGGGAAGAGAACAGCUGCGCCACAACCAGCACAACAGGCGCCAGCAGAAGUUUCAAUGGAGACGGAUGAGGUUAACAUCAAUAACAUCAGAAAUGGCUCUACGUCUACUUCAAGCCAAUGUUAA